AUGCAAGUUGCGGGAGGUUGUAAUCUCGGAACUCCAGAGUUUCUUCACUACCUGCGCGGUCUAGCUACUAUCGAGAACGCUCUCCUGAUCUUCGAUGAGAUCAUGACCUCGCGACUCGACUAUAGUGGUCUCCAAGUGCCCUUGGGCAUCAAGCCCGAUAUCGCGACCAUCAGCAAGUGGGCUGGUGGUGGAAUGAGUUUUGGAGCAUACGGGGCGACGCGAAAUCAUAGAGUGUUCCAUCCGAGUACUGGAAAGCUUGGCCAUUCUGGAACUUUCAACAAUAUCGUGACGAUGGCCGCCGGAUUCGUCCUUGGGUAUGGAAGUCUGUUUGCGAUUCAAUUCGACGGCUCCUAG